GCAACUUCUAAAGCCCCCCAACCUGCUCCACCUUCUAUUCGCAGUCUCAAAUCCUACUCUUCCAUUGCAGCUCCCGACCUCUAUCAGCCUUUCUUGCCUAAAUCCCCUUUGUUCUUCUUCGAGCCGUGGGAGAUUUCUUCGAGUCGCGUUGCAGUUCGCUCCUUUUGGGGCGUUCCCGAGCCCUGAUCAUGUCAAGUUCCUCGCUUUCGCUGGUGAGAUGUCAUUGUUGAAAUGUCUGGCAGAGGAUCUUGGAUGUUGUUUUUCAGUUUCAAGGUUCAGCCUGGCGUCACUUUCAGAUAUACUUGGUUACACAGCUUGCAGACAGUUGUCCCAAUUGCUCUUGUCGAUCAUCUUCUUUCAUGGGUCUGAGUAUGUCCUUGCAGUUGCCUUUCAUGGAAGAUCGAAUGUAACUCUUAAAUCUCUCCUGAUCAGCCGAAAUUAUCUUCUUGCAAUGUUCUUUUCGCUGGUGGAGUAUCUUCUUGAAAUUUCUUUAUUUCCGGCUUUGAAAGAAUGCUGGUGGAUCAGCAAUUUCGGCUUAGCCAUGAUUGUAGUUGGGGAAAUCAUUAGGAAGAUAGCAAUUAUAACUGCUGGGCGGGCAUUCACGCAUUUGAUCAAAAUCUAUCAUGAGGAUCAUCACAAGCUGAUAACUCACGGAAUCUAUCGGUUUAUUCGUCAUCCUGGAUAUUGUGGAUUUUUCAUCUGGUCAGUCGGGAGUCAGAUAAUGCUGUGCAAUCCCGUGUCAACAAUUGUGUUUGCAGUAGUCGUUUGGCACUUCUUCUCGACAAGGAUACCAUACGAAGAAUAUUUCCUAAGACAAUUCUUCGGGCGAGAGUAUGAGGAAUAUGCCCAAACUGUCCCUUCAGGGGUCCCAUUUGUGAAUUGAAUUCUACAUCUCAACGUCUCAGGAAAGAGUCGCAUCCUAAAUUCAGUCAAUAUUGUCUGAUGGCCCUAUACAGCUGCUUGGAUUGGAUUGGACAAUGUUGAGGCUUCUAUUUGUGAGAUGAAACUCUUUGAGCGCUCCAACUACAGAUUGGAUAUUUAUCAGUUGUGAAGCACAAUUUUACAAAUUAUGAAAUCAUCUUCGUUCUGCAUGUAUAUAUCGGGAAUUUUUGUGCAGACUUGACAAAUUGCUACACAAAGGCUUAUCAUGCUUGUCCUUAGUUCUCCUAUGUUAUGGUUGUGGUGCAUGUACAACAUGCUUUGUGUUGACUUAUCAAAAUGGUUUUUCUGCACGACUGACCUUUUCAACCCCUGCCCGAAGGUAGGAUGGUGGAGAGUACAUGUUCCAAGUUCCAAAAUUGAAUCUUCUGUUCAAGAUUUUGUUUCUGUCCAAUGAUGUUAGUUGACUCGACAAUAUUGCGAAGUUGUUUUUUUGGUUUUCUCUUGGUUUUCUUGCUUAUCUGGUGGAAGUCGCGACUCUGUGGCAAGAGUAUCAUGUUUGACCUACUAAUCACUUAAUCGGGUUCUAAAAUUUGC